AUGCGUGCCGCCACUUUCACCGCCGCUGCUGCCUCCCUCAUCAUGGCUGUCGCUGCCGUUCCCCAGGGCUUCAACUGCAAGUCUGAGGGUUUCUGCACCUACUCCGACCCCAACUGCAACUUCUGCCUCAACAUCGACCCCCCCGCCAAGCUCAAGGUCUGCCAGGCCAUCGACCCCACCUACAAGAGCGCCCCUGGCGACAUCACUCGUGGCCCUUCUGGCAUGGCAGAAGUCAUGGACCUCAAGGGUUGA